CUCUUCCUUUCCUCUUACAUAUUAUCAACCACUUCAUCCACCACCUUCAGCUUCCUUCAAUUCAACGAACCUCGAAAACUUUCCUACACCUCUCACUCACUCUCACAUCUGCCUCAGAAUCGUCUCAUCGCUCGGUCCAUCCAACCCACUACCUCCUUUUAUUAUCACACUGGAGCAACUUCAGAAACUCAUCUCCUUCAUGUGGAGGCCAAUCGACCGUCGCAAGUCAAAAAAGAAACAAAAACUCAUCCAACGGACUCAGUCCAAAUUGGAACAAGCCACAUCGCGACAAGUAGAUCAGAUCUUGACCUUCAACCUUCUCCUCGACACGCUAUCCAAACAUGACCAAACGAUGACCCGGUUCCAAGCCAACAGCUCGACCUUACAUCGCUGUCUGAUCAAGUGGGACAAGCUGAAAGCACAUGACCAAUCCUUCACCCGAACCUCGAUCAGACUGGCACUAGAACUCCAGAGAUUCAUGAACCAGAUGGACGACUACUUCCGGAUCCCCCAAGACCACCCUCCUCCUCCUCCUCCUCCUCAUCCUCAUCCUCAUCAUCAUCUUCAACAUCAGCACCAUGAACAACAAGUCAUCGUCGUAGAGGGAACAACAAACAUCACGACUACCACCACGACUGCUGACACAAUCGAGGAAGAACCUUCUACUCAGAUCACGCCAAGUCCCAUCAGUCUCAACGAGGCCUUUGUUGAGAUCAUCACCGCCGGCCCAUCAGCCCAUCUAAGGAUCGAAGAAGAUCCAUCGACCCAUCAGCCUAACUACACCACAACCGUCUCAACCACCCGCACCACCGUCCCACUACCAACAACAUCAUCUAUCAACCCAAGGGAUCCUGACGACCAUCAUCUUCCACCACCACCUCUUCCUCCUACCACCCCACAAGAUCCUCAACCAUCCAAUUCAACAACAACAGCAACCACUAAUCCAUCAAGCACUUAUACCACCAAAUUAGGCCUCCGAAAACAGAUCGUCUUGAAAUAUAGACUCAACCAACUCCGGUUUAAGACCAAGAAAUUCAACCAAAAGUUCCAGCUCCACGAGACUAAGAAGUUCGAACUCAAGUUCAACGGCAAUCAGUGUAUCAUCAAUAUGGUCGACGAUGGAAAAGCCUUGCUCGAAAUUAAUGAGGCGAUCGUUCAGUUGGUCUUUCAUCUUUCGUUGUUGAGGAAGCCCAAGUCGGCUUGAAAUCUCUUCCCCUUUUUUUGGGUCGCACCUUCCUUCCUCGAUCCUCUUUCCUUUCCUUUUUAUUUUGAGGUUUUACAUCCGAAAAAAUACAUAUACAAUCAUGCUUCUAAUGCUCUCCACAACCAAAACCAAAACAAAAAAAACCUCCUCCUUCUUCUUCGUAUAACCUCCAUCUCGUCGUCAUCCUCGUCGUUAUCCCCUCUUGCCUUCUUCUUCCCUUCCCUUCUUUUUGGUGUGUUGUUUCAUUGAUGAAAAACAAAAAAAGAAAUGCACAAUGGCAUCCUCUCAUCAACAACAAAAAUAGUUUGGUAUGCAUGUACAAUAUCUAGUCUGGCUCUUAAUUUUUGUUUGUUUGUUUGUUUCAGUUUGGUUGUGGUCCCAUGCUUGUACUCUUUUCUUUCCCUUUUUUCUUAUUGGGUGGCUGUGAUGUUUUCUUUUUUUUUGGGUUUACAUAGGUAGUAUAUAUAUAUCCACAGAUCCAUCAGAUAUUUUCAAUCCCAUAUAUACUCAUUUAUAUAUAUACACACAAUGAAAAAUGAAUAAUAAUAAUUUAAAUAUUUCAGAUCUUCAUGUAUAAUAUAAAAGCAAGAAAAGG